AUGGAGAUGACAUACAUAAGGCCCUUGAAGUUUUGGAGCAGAAGUUUGGAGAAAAUUCAUUUCCUCGCAUCAAGUUCAAGUAAUCAGACGUUACAAAGGCUUGUUCGAGCCAGAACUCGUGAAGGCGCUGACGGACAACAGAAGAAGACCAACAUCACUAAUGGAAUUCUUCUUAAUCACAGAAAGAUCGUGUGGGACUCUCUGCAUUGCAUAGUUCUCCGUUUAUCGCAGCGUCAGGAGAUCAAUGUUAACGUACAUGACGAUCAAAACAAGCCUUGUCUAGAGGCAAAAAAGGAUAGAAACAAACCCGAAAAGAAAUCCAAGGCGAAGGCUCCACCAAAAUCUAAGCCAAAACGUCCGGAAAACCCUCCACCGCCAGUCCCUCCACCUGAAAAUACACAAAAUCAGAUUAAUCCAAGCAUCUGGUCCCAUGUCAUGAACGAAUACGAGAUGGCUUUGGAAGAUAACGUUUCCAUCUUUAUUUAA